AUGACACCGGUAUCCCAGGCUCGCUAUCCCGAGGACAUCCCGGGUACUCGGAGACGGCGACGCAGCUCAUGGGCGAGCCCGCCCUCCGCUCAGGACAGAUGCUCUUCCUGGGGUGGCCGUGAGGGACUCAGGCCAGCGUAGGGGAGAUCGGGCGUCAGCACUCCUUACCAGCCUACCCGCUCCGGGUUCCGCAGCUAUACAUUCUCAUCCUCUUCUUCUGUCUACUGUGGCCUAUACCAUUACCAUCACCACCGUUAUGCGGGUGAUCAGCAGUGGGUGCAAGACUACAAGAAGGAGAAAGUGGAGAGCUGUCGGCAAAGGAGGCUGAAGAGAGAAAGGAUUGGGGAGUUGGGAGCUCCUGAGGUAUGGGGGCUGUCACCAAAGUUUCCUGAGCUGGAUUCUGAUGAACACGCCUCAGUGGAGGACAUAGAGGUAAAGACUCAGAAGAGCCGCACUUCAAACUUCAGCCCUGAAGACAAGAGGAAAAAGGCCAGUCGUUCAAAAAACAAGAAGAAAAGAAGAAAAAAAUCCAAAAGAAAACAUAGGAAAUAUUCUGAUGAUAGUGACAGCAAUUCAGACUCUGACCCUAAUUCUAGCUCUGCCGAUGAUAAAAAGAGAGCCAAAAAAUACAAGAAAAAGAAACACAGAGCCAACAAACCCAAGAAAAAGAAUAAGACUAAAAAAGAAACCAGUGAGUCAAGAUACAAGGAUUCAGAAGGGGAGUUGCCAGAAGAUACCGGGCUUGAGCAGUCAAAGAUUGCAGAUACCACGGAUCUAAAAGGCCCAGAAGCACCCAUAAUACACACCUCUCAAGAUGAGAAACCUUUGAACUAUGGCCAUGCUGGUGAAGGUGCAGCUAUGGCAGAGUAUGUAAAAGCUGGAAAACGAAUCCCACGAAGAGGUGAAAUUGGGCUGACAAGUGAAGAGAUUGCUUCAUUUGAAUGUGCAGGUUAUGUUAUGAGUGGUAGCAGGCAUCGCAGAGAGAACCAGAUCUACAGUGCUGAUGAGAAGAGAGCCCUUGCAUCUUUUAACCAAGAGGAGAGAUGUAAAAGGCAGAAUAAGAUUCUGGCCAGUUUCCGAGAGAUGGUGUAUAGAAAGAUAAAAGGGAAAGAUGAUAUGUAAGGACUUUUU